AAAUUCAAUCACCGUUCCCGUUCCCAGGGUGACAGAAACAUCCUGAAAGAUGCCUUGACGUGCGUGUGCGUGGGGAAAGCUAAGCGCGACUGUGAGCCAGUUCUGUCUCCUGCCCGCGAAGAGGUGGAGGUGGCGGAAGCAAGCGAGGCCGACCAUGGCGAGCCCCGGGAACCUUAAGACCUCGAGCUCCGAACUGGACCUGGAUCGCCCCAACAUCGAGGAUUACCUCCCUUCCGGAUCCUCCAUCCACGAGCCUCGCGGCAAGCUCCGCCUGCGCGAUUUGCUUGAUGUCACGCCGACUCUGACCGAGGCUGCCGGUGCUAUCAUCGAUGACUCUUUCACGCGGUGUUUCAAGUCGAAUCCGCCGGAACCUUGGAACUGGAACAUAUAUCUCUUCCCGCUGUGGUGCUUCGGGGUGCUGGUUCGGUACUUGAUCCUGUUCCCAGCAAGGAUUUUAGUAUUGACAAUCGGGUGGAUAAUAUUCCUCUCAUCAUUUGCCCUUGUUCAUUCUAUGCUUAAAGGGCAUGAUGCACUGAGAAAGAAGCUGGAGAGGUUGCUGGUGGAGUUAAUUUGCAGCUUCUUUGUCGCUUCAUGGACUGGGGUGGUCAAAUACCAUGGGCCACGGCCAAGCAUUCGGCCCAAACAGGUUUUUGUUGCCAACCACACCUCCAUGAUCGAUUUCAUCGUCUUGGAGCAAAUGACUGCCUUCGCUGUUAUUAUGCAGAAGCAUCCUGGAUGGGUUGGACUACUGCAAAGCACUAUUUUGGAGAGUGUAGGAUGCAUCUGGUUUAAUCGAAGUGAGGCCAAAGAUCGUGAAAUUGUGGCAAAAAAGUUGAGAGAUCACGUACAGGGAACUGAUAACAACCCUCUUCUCAUAUUUCCUGAAGGGACUUGUGUGAACAAUCACUAUACUGUCAUGUUCAAAAAGGGUGCAUUUGAGCUUGGAUGCACUGUUUGCCCUAUCGCAAUCAAGUACAAUAAGAUCUUCGUGGAUGCCUUUUGGAACAGCAGGAAACAAUCUUUCACAAAGCAUCUGCUGCAGCUUAUGACAUCCUGGGCUGUUGUUUGUGAUGUCUGGUACUUGGAACCCCAAACCUUGAAACCCGGUGAGACACCAAUUGAGUUUGCAGAGAGGGUCCGGGACAUCAUAUCUGCUCGAGCUGGUUUGAAAAAGGUUCCUUGGGAUGGAUAUCUGAAAUACUCCCGCCCUAGCCCCAAGCAUAGAGAAGGGAAGCAACGGAGCUUUGCUGAGUUGGUGCUGCAGCGACUUGAGGAGAAGUGAGGAAUUUUGUUGAUCAUUUCAGCUGGUAGUACUCCUGCUGUAUAGCAUUUGUUAAUGCCUUAGAUCUGAUUGCCCGAUCAAAUACAUGCUUCGCCGGUUUUAACGUAGUAGGCAUAUUUUUUCCAAAGCAAGUUGUUAGAUUUUCUCCUUCGGAUCAUUUUGCUAGAGAAUAAGUUUUUAGCGAAAGCAGGCCCUCUUAGCUUCUCUUGAAAGGUGCGAUGAGUUAUGACACGAGUCUGGACAAGAACUGACGACUGUGGGAGACCAAAUCAGCACACAAAGGGCAUGCGUAUCUAGUUAUCUUCAUUUGAGGGCUACUGUCUACAAUUUUGAGACUGUAGGUAUGAUUUGUCUCGUCUUUAGGACAUUGACCUGCUGUGGCAAGUGAGAACUAGUGUGGAUUGCUGCUAACUACUUUUUAACCAUGCUUCUUUCUUCGUUCCCUUAAUCAUUUGCAUGUAUAGAUGUUCGAGAUUGUAAUUCUUGACUUUUGCCUGAGAUGGUCGAGGUUUUUCAUUUGCAAAAA